UUUCUUCUCUGGUGGUGGUUCUCUUCCUCUCCUUUUGGCCUUAGUCCCAUUUUUCUAUAUAAAGCCUCGACAUUCCAAUUAUAUUUCUCACUAUCCACAACACAAACGAACAAGUUUGAAGCUUGAGUGUGCGAGUGUGAGAGCCAUAUGGAGGCAUACGCGAAGAAGCUUGCCUUUGCGGCACUUGUAGUGGUUUUAGCUCUUGUGUCAGCUAAGCCCAUGGUGGCCAACGGGGAGAGCCUCUGCAACAUGACUGAUGAUGGUUUGAAGUCCUGCAAGCCAUCAGUUUCAGGCUCAAAUCCUGCUGCGCCAUCAGAUUUAUGUUGCUCUGCGCUGGCUAAGGCUGACUUCCAAUGCCUUUGCUUUUACAAGAAUAAUUACCCAUGGCUGUUGACAACUUAUAAGAUAGAUCCUGACCUGGCCAUGCAGCUUCCUGCCAAAUGCAACCUUGUUGGCCAGUCUUUCCAUUGCUAACAAUCUGCACCUUCCUUUAAAACAACGUUACUGCAUUCUUGGCUGGAGUGCUAUUUGUCGUUUUUGUUUGUCGUUUUUGAUGUUUCGGUUCUUUGUUUCUGAUGUAUGUGUUUAAUUUCCAUUGUAUUUUGAUUUCAGAAGCUAGACUUCUUCAAGUUGUGACUAAAAUGGUAUCUGUCUUCUUGUGAAAUUGUUAUUAAUUUAUAUUUUGUUUCA